AAGAAAAUAAACAUUCUAACAACUACAAAUACUUCGACCCACUUUCCCACAAAAAAUGGACACCUUAUCAAGUCCUAUCCCAAACUUACAAGUCCACAAACCACCCAAUCCCAACCACCACUACCGCCGUGGUAAUUCCGCUCCACUUUCCCACCACCUCCAUACCUCCGCCGCAAAAGCCACCGCCACGUCAUCAAUUUCCACCCUACACCAUAAAGACACUUGUACCCCUCUCUUAUCUUCCUCCCCACAAAGAAGGACUUCCUCCCCGCCACGCUCAUCCUCCCCACGCGCCGCCGCAAUCCACCGAAGCUCAGCCAGCGGUUACGCAGCGGCGCUAUUGGACAUAACCCAAUCAAACGGCACCGUUUUGAAGGUUGAGAAAGAUGUAAGGAGGCUUCUAAGGGUAGUUUUUAGUAGCAAAAAUGCCCAAGUGAGGGAGUUUAUGAGUGAUGUUUGGGUGGAGGAGAAAGCUAAAGGAGAAGUUGUGAAAGAAUUAAUUGAAAAAUGUAAAUUUGAAAGGAAUUUAGUUGGAUUAGUGAAGAUGUUGAUCAAUAAAGGAAAUAGUGUUGAAUUGGUUAAAGAUGUUCUUGAAGAAUUCCUUUGUAUUUUUCAUCAACUUAUUGUUGGUGUUUCUCAUCAUCAUGGUUCUACUACUAGUAGAUUGGCUUUGCAAGGAUGAUGUUUCCCUAAUACUUUUGUGGUUUAUAAAACUUUCGCUUUGAUUUAAUUUAUGUAGCAAAUUUAAUGGGACAAACAAUAUAUGAUUAGUUGAAUACUAAGGAUUAUCAAACUUUCUUGUUUGAUCUUAAUUUGUUUUGGUUAAUUAUGUUUUUUAAUGAUCAUGUGUGUGAUUUUGUACUAUGAUCUUAUUACUAUGGUUUUAUGAAAUGAUAAUGAUGUUUGGGACAAUGUUUAAUUCA